GUCCAUUGUUUGUUCUUCAUGUUUGUCCGUACAGGAGAAACCAAAAUGAAUAUUCUCUGUAACCGUUGUUCGUUAAUCGCAAUGAUCCAAUCUCACCGCCAACGAAGAGAUGCGUGAAUUUAUCGCCACAAAUUCACAGAAUUCUUAAACGUUCUUCUUUUUUCCGCCAUGGAUGAUCUUCCGCCUUCGUUAGUUCUUGAAAUCUUGAAUCGACUUGCCGAUUCCGCCGAUUUGGCUCGGUGUCGUGUGGCUUCCAAAUCUCUUAAUGUUCUUUCACGCGAGGUUAGGUCAGUGAACCUCUUUUGUUCAUUGGAUCGUUAUCUCAAGUCUAGGGCUGUGGAGACGAGGUUGUUAGUAAUGCCUUUCAAGGUCAUAUUGAAGAGUCUGAUGAACGAUUUUGUGGCUCUUGAUUCUGUGUCGAUCGGUGUGGAGAAGUCACUUGGACGGAUUUCGUAUUGGCACGACGAUGUUGAGGAUUGGUCUGAUGACUUGUUCUUGACGGAUGUUGGUUUCGCUAGGGAAUGGCUGCCGGCGAUUGGUAGAGGUUUGACUUCCUUGUCGAUAGUGGAUUUUUGGGUUCAAUCAUGCUGGAGGCAAUCGAAGAUUUUGGCGCUAAUUACUUUAUGCUGUGGCAAUCUUCAGGAACUUGAAUUGAAGAAUGCUUGGUUGUCAGUGGAUGGUCUGAAUAGAUUGAAUUCCCUCAAGUGUCUGACCCUAGAAUUUAUAAGAUUAGAUGAUGAAGAUCUGAGCGAGGUUAACUAUAACUUCCCUCAUCUUGAAAUUCUUAAUUUGAUAGGGGUUGGAGGCCUAAAUGAACCAAAAAUUCAUCUUUCACACCUUAAAACCUGUCGAUGGACAGUGUCAAAUGCUCCAGUUUCUCUGAGCAUAUGUGCACCAAGCCUUUCGAAACUCGAACUGAAGUGUGUCAAACCAAAAUCUCUUAUUAUCCAAACUCCCAUGCUAUCUGAUUUUCAUUUUUGUCUACAAGAUGCAAGUGGGUUACAAGUUAAUGAAUUCCCUUGCUUGAGAAAGCUUCAGCUUCAUUUUCCGUGUCUUUACAGUCUCAUCACAACAUUUUCAUCUGCAAGAACUAUAAAGGAACUCACCCUCAAUACAAUGCAGCGUGCUGAAUCUGUUGAAUCUGUUAAGCUUUGCCUUGAUACACUGUUUGAAAUAUUUCCAAAUCUUAGCUUUCUUAAAUUGGGUCCAGGAGUUUUCUCAGAAGCCGAGACUUGUUAUCAAGCUGAAGGUUUGGAUGAACGGAUAGGGAUGAGAGAUUUGAAAAAGAUUCAUGCUAGCCUUGAAACCUAUAAGGUUGAGUUAAAACUUCCAUUUAUCAUUCCCAUUUUGGAAAAAUGUACCGACUCCCUCGAUAUGGAAUUGCUCAUCUAUCACAAUGCCGAUUCUCACCUUGCUGGUGGAAUCAUGUCAAAACGUGCAGUUAAUCAUCCAAGACCAAAAUGGAGAUGGGAACUGUGGAAGGAAGGAUUAAAAGAACCGUGGGCUAAGGGCAUUUAAGCUGUCAAGUGUAAUUGUCAUAGUGGUGGGACAAACUCUUGCUUCUGAAGGUGCAAAGCUUCAAAAGAGGCAAAUCCAUGUCGUUUAAAAACUAAGCCUACCCAUGUUUUGAAAUUGGCAGACUUAUGGGGGUUCUAAAGAACGCCAAAGAACUCAGUGGAUCAAUGGAAUGACCCAAAAGCAAUCCUACAUAUGAUACCAGGUCUAUAAAAUUACUUUUUUGAUCUUUUAUGUUCAGAUCUUUGCUUGAAGUCGUCUCCUGUUGAUAAUUGGUUCGAGAAAAACUGGUGGUGCUGCUGCUGCUGCUGAGAAAUUUGAAAAAAGGGUCAGUUCUUUUGCACCUUCAUUUUAUACUCUACUAGAUAGCCUUAAUAAUUGCAAUGAUGAGUGUGUACAUAUUUCCAACCAAAUAAUGAUAUUUGUUCCCGACACAAGAUUGAAUGUCUGAUGCCUCUUAUUUGGAUAGAGAAAGAUUAGUUUGUACCAUAAACUAUUUCAUCCAUUAACCUGAAUGCUAUGCUCAGUGAUUUGAUUGUAUGGGGUUUACAUACUUAAAAAUAUUCUUUCAGUGACAGAGCUGGUAUUAAUUAGAUGGUUACACUGCUCAUGAUGUGAAGUCACUUUGCCAGAGUUUCAGGUUGCUGUGAGCUCCACCCUUUCGAUCAACCUGUAAGGAUACUUUCUUACCUCUAGGGAAAACAUGGUUCCAACAAGAAUACAAGACAGCCCAGCCAAUUCAGGAGAGCCGGUAACUUUACACCCUAGAACAUUGUUCUAAUGCUCAUAAUAAAUGCUCCCCUCUUCCUAAAGACAAGCAAUCAGAUAUGGUCAGAUAUGGUCCUGUUUGGGCGUCUCCAGAAGGUUUUUAAAACGUGUCCGCUAUGGAGAAAUUUUCUCACCCUUAGAAAGAAUGUUUCGUUUUCCUUUCUAACCGAAUCCACCCCCCUUCGGGGCCUGCGUCCUUGUUGGUACUCGUUCUCUUCUCCAAUUGAUGUGGGACCCCCCAAUCCACUCCUCUUCGAGACCCAACGUCCCUGUUGGCACACUACCUCGUGUUUAUCUCCCUUCAGGGCUCAGCCUCCUCGCUGGUACAUCGUCUGGGGUCUAGCUCUGAUACCAUUUGCAAUGGCCCAAUCCCACUGCUAACAGCUAUUGUUGUCUCGUAAAUAUAAUCUCACUCCCAUGCUCAUUCGGACAACACUUUCCACUAACGACCUGUCUGGUGGCCUUUUCCCAUAUCAUAUCACCCCUCGUAGUGUACAUAUUACGAUUGUGGUUUAACAUAAACCUACCAGAAAAAAGGUUGACACUGCUCUGGUCUACUGUGACUCUCAGGGUGCAGCUGUAGAGGGAAGAGUUGGAGUAAUCAGAUGGGUUGACACUGCUCAUGAUGUCAAAUUGUCAUGUUCCUGGGUAGACAAAGGGUUUCAUUAUUAUUAUUAAAAGUACUAUAAUUCAAUAGGAAUAGAGAUUCGAAUCUAAUAUGAGAUGAGCAUGAGACUUCUUCUUAUUCGAAUCUAAUAUGAGAUGAGCAUGAGACUUCUUCUUAUUCGAAUCUAAUAUGAGAUGAGCAUGAGACUUCUUCAUCUCGCAGCAUUAAAUUGCCCUUUAGAGAUCGACAGUUAGUUCUCAAUUGCCUACACGAUAUCUCAUUGUGUUCUUGUUGACAGAUAUCAUACCGUUUAAUUUUACCGAAGAAACGAGAACAAGAGAGAGGAACAUGAAUAUGAAUGGUCAAUGUAUUGACACUUUGGUAUUAUAAUAAUACCAAUUGGUUCCCUUUAUAA